CACGGGAAGGCGGGCGAAUUUGAAAACAGCGCAGAUUCGUUUGCAUCUACGGGACAAAGUUGUGGACUUUUCUUUUUAGAAUAUCCCAGACAAUACUGUCAAAUUUAGUCAGGUGUACGUAAAACAAAGAUACGCCUCUGUUAGUAUACUUCCAGCGUUUUCCCCCCACUGUAAUUGGCGUAUAAUCAAUGUGUCAUUGGGUUAGCUCACUGGCUAUCAGCAAUCUGCCAUAGUUCCUGGAUCUGUAUUUUGUUGCAAGAUGAGCAACAAAACCCCUCGAUCAGCGUCGGCUGGUCGGUCGAGGAAGAGCAACGACCAAAUCAGAAAGUCAAAUGGAGCCAGUCCUCCAAGACGGAGGUCUUCCAGGUUGUCUGCAAACGAUGAAAACCUGCUCUCUAAAAUUGUGGCUCCACCAGUGGCUGUUAAACGGUCGAUCACUGUUCGAAAAAUAGCACCCAGGAAAACUCGGGCCCUGUCUGACAGUAACAAGGAGAAUGUGGAAAGAUUAUCUGAAGUGGCAGUAAAAGUGUCCAAAGUCAUGACAUCAUCCCCAGGUGUCGCAACUGUACCCAAGACUGCGGUCCUCUCGCCCAUCCUGCCCCCUUCUUCUCCAUCAUCUCAGUCAAGAGAACCUGAGCAGGACCCCUUUUGGUCCAAGAAAGUGCGGCGCUCCUACAGUCGGCUGAGUUUUGGGGAAAAGUCCUUUGAAAGCCCCAAAUCUCAGCCUGCUGCUUUUUCUUCUCCUAACAACCGGGAGACCAUGUUUGGUUUUGAGAGGCUUCAGACACCAGAGGUGAUGCGUAAAACAGAACGGUCUGGAAAAGCUCCUCAGGGCUCUUCAUCAUUCAGUGUGGGUUCUUUUAACAUCUCGGCUGCUGAUGACGGCGCAUCCUGCCCUCCUGAAGUAGAUCCAAACAUCCCUGGUGUGUGCCUGGUGAAGAAAACCACCAGGAGGAAGCGUGUGCAACAGAUCAAGAUGUCGGAAUUGGAUGUUCUUGCCGCAAAGAUGAAUGCAGAGUUUGAAGAAGCUGAACAUUUUGAACUGGUCGUUGAAUGACAUUUGCAAAGGUCUACAUGCGUUCAGGACAUUUUAUAUACAUCAUAAUUGUCAACAUAUGGCUUAAUUAGUGUUAAUUUCUCUGAAAGACUGCCCACCAUUUCUUCGUGUAUUCAAAAUCUUGAUUCAUUUAAACUGAAUUAUUACAAGCACAUUUAAGAGAUUAAACAGUUUUAUCGUUUUUAGAGCAUGUAAUUGGAUAAUUUUACAACAAUACAAUUAUUAAUAAAUCGGAAUAGCAUUCAGAAAUUUCACCAAAGCAAAAAAUCUAUGUUGAAUGUUGUCUAUUAGAUUAUUUCGACAUUUAUCUUAUUUGAUGGUUCAGAUUGGCUAACAUCUAUUUAGCCCAACUCUUUUGUUUUUCUUUUUUCUUUUCUUUUUUUUUUUUUUUGUGUAUUUCUAAUGUUUCUUAAAUGUUCUGUCUUUUGUUUAUUAAUUGUACAAAUUUUUAUCGCCAAAAUAUCUCUGUAGUGGUCUUUUUUUAUUUUAUUUUUAAUAAAUUUCAUUUUGACAGGCUGAGUGAUAGUUAACUUUGAGUGUGCAAGUGUGCAUUAUGUUGCAAAGAAUGUUGUAUAUACUGUUUCCUCUAGGUUACAUUAAAACUCUUAAAGGAACUGUUAAGUUUGAUUACGUCUUUUUCCAAGUUUAUGAUCUAUCAGAUAUAAGUUGUUUGUGUAUAUUUUAACAGAUUGGCAUUAAAAAGAUAAAAUGGUUUGACUAUACAGUUGUGCUCAAAAUUUGCAUACCCUGGCAGAAAGUUUGGAUUGAUUUUGGAAAAUCAAUAUAUAUGAAGCCAUUUAUUAUCACAUAGUUGUUUGGCUCCUUAUUAAAUCAUAAUGAUAACAGAAAUCACCCAAAUGGCCCUGAUCAAAAGUUUACAUACCCUUGAAUAUUUGGCCUUGUUACAGACACACAAGGUGACACACACAGGUUUAAAUGGCAAUUAUAGGUUAAUUUCCCACACCUGUGCUUUUUUAAAUUGGAAUUAGUGUCUGUGUAUAAACAGUCAAUGAGUUUGUUAGCUCUCACGUGAAUGCACUGAGCAGGCUAGAUACUGAGCCAUGGGGAGCAGAAAAGAACUGUCAAAAGACCUGCGUAACAAGGUAAUGGAACUUUAUAAAGAUGGAAAAGGAUAUAAAAAGAUAUCCAAAGCCUUGAAAAUGUCAGUCAGUACUGUUCAAUCACUUAUUAAGAAGUGGAAAAUUUGGGGAUCUCUUGAUACCAAGCCAUGGUCAGGUAGACCAAGAAAGUUUUCAGCCACAACUGCCAGAAAAAUUGUUCAGGAUACAAAGAAAAACCCACAGGUAACCUCAGGAGAAAUACAGGCUGCUCUGGAAAAAGACGGUAUGGUUGUUUCAAGGAGCAUAAUACGGCGAUACUUGAACAAAAAUGAACUGCAUGGUUGAGUUGCCAGAAAGAAGCCUUUACUGCGCCAGUGCCACAAAAAAGCCCGGUUACAAUAUGCCCGACAACACCUUGACAUGCCUCAGCUUCUGGCACACUGUAAUUUAGAGUGACGAGACCAAAAUAGAGCUUUAUGGUUACAACCAUAAGUGCUAUGUUUGGAGAAGGAUCAACAAGGCCUAUAGUGAAAAGAAUACCAUCCCCACUGUGAAGCAUGGUGGUGGCUCACUGAUGUUUUGUGGGUGUGUGAGCUCUAAAGGCAUGGGGAAUCUUGUGAAAAUUGAUGGCAAGAUGAAUGUUAUCAGAAAAUACUGGCAGGCAAUUUGCAUUCUUCUGCACGAAAGCUACGCAUGGGACACUCUUGGACUUUCCAGCACGACAAUGACCCUAAGCACAAGGCCAAGUUGACCCUCCAGUGGUUACAGCAGAAAAAGGUGAAGGUUCUGGAGUGGCCAUCACAGUCUCCUGACCUUAAUAUCAUCGAGCCACUCUGGGGAGAUCUCAAACGUGCGGUUCAUGCAAGAUGACCAAAGACUUUGCAUGACCUGGAGGCAUUUUGCCAAGACGAAUGGGCAGCUAUACCACCUGCAAGAAUUUGGGGCCUCAUAGACAACUAUUACAAAAGACUGCAAACUGUCAUUGAUGCUAAAGGGGGCAAUACACAGUAUUAAGAACUAAGGGUAUGCAGACUUUUGAACUGGGGUCAUUUCAUUUUUUUCUUUGUUGCCAUGAUUUGUUUUAUGAUUGUGCCAUUCUGUUAUAACAGUUGAAUAUGUUUUUUUGCCUGCUCACUCGUGUUUUCUUUAAAAAUGGUACAUAUAUUACCAAUUCUUCAAGGGUAUGCAAACGUUUGAGCACAACUGUAGAUGCAGAUGGUUAGAGGUGGAAAAUGCUGAGUAGAGUUUUCUGUCAGAAAUUAUUUGCUGCAAGUCCUGGUAUUGCCA